AGUGUCCAUUCUUUAGGGAAGUGUGUCCUAGAACAAAAGCUCACCCUUUGGUUUUCUCUCUCAUUCUCUGGUAACAGAAAGGUCUCUAAAAAUAUAUGCAGAAGGUUUAGAGUGACAUUUUCAUUUUCUAUUCAAGCUAGCACACCUUUGAGAGUGAAUGGGAGCAUUAUAAAUAAUUAUGCCGGGGCAACAGGUAUAAACCACGUCACCCUAAUACUAGACAGAUGAUUUUCAUGCCAUAAAAUAUCUAUCAAUGUUGGUUUGCUCAUUUUAAGAACAGCUGUCUUUUCCUACCUGUUCUUUUGUGGGCACACCUUUACCAUACCCAGAGUUGACCAAUGUGAUCUCUGGCGUCUUUCUCAAUUAUUUUCCUUCAAAAUUAUUUUCUUUAUUGUGUCAGAAUUUGGACUUAAAAAAAAAAAAAAAGCCUUUUGUUCUGUAAGGAUUGUUCACACAUUUCUUUAGUGAUACAUUGGGGGGAGAGAAAAAAGGGAAUAAAUUAGGCAUAAAUUCAUUCAAUGUCUAGGGAAGCAUGUUCUCGGCAGAGAGCAGGCGGAAUCUCCUGUGUCGGAACGGCAAGCGUGCAUCUGAGGCAACAGGGACUUUUUGGCCCUCAGGAAUUUAGAAUAUUUAGAGGCAAGAAAUCUUUCUAGGAGCAGUGUGAGGAAGACAGAAACCGCCCCCCUGCCUGGACUGGCCAAGCCACCUGCCCAGCACUGCUGCCACCAUGCCCAAGAGAAAGGCCAAAGGAGAUGCUAAAGGUGACAAAGGGAAGGUGAAGGAUGAGCCGCAGAGGAGAUCGGCACGCUUGUCUGCUAAACCGGCUCCUCCAAAACCAGAACCCCGGCCUAAAAAGGCCCCUGCAAAGAAAGGAGAGAAGCUACCCAAAGGGAGAAAGGGGAAAGCAGAUGGUGGCAAGGAGGGGAACAACGCUGCAAAGAACCUAGAUGCUUCCACAGUCCAGUCACAGAAAGCAGAAGGCAGUGGGGAUGCCAAGUGAAGUGUACUUUUUUGAUAGUCUGUACUUCUAGUGACUCUACUGUUUGAAAUACUAUUUUUCUUUAAUCAAGUUUUAUAAAAAUGUAGAAUUUGGGUGUUGUGUUUUUUUCCCCAAACUUAACGUUGUUAGCAUACAAGAUGCAUUGUUGUUGUCCUUUGUGGAAAGUGCAAAUACCACUAAUAGAAUGUCUCAGAAGCUGGCUUGAAAUGGGGGAAGAUGGGAUUUUCUGUCCCUGUUUUUGAAGAUUAUUCUUGGUUCCCAGGAGAGAUUCUCUGACAUUCACACAUGUCAGCCACUUUGGCUUAGAAGCCUUACAGCACAGAGAAGCAAAACUUCAUGUCUUCUUUCCUGAUGCCAUCAGCAUAUACUUGACUUCCUGAAAUAGUUGUGAUGUGGCCUUGGCUCCCCUAAAAUCCCAUGCUGGGUAACAGUACUCAGGCUUCCUGGUGAUAACACCAAGAUGGUGUUGCUCCAAAGAGCCAAGAUUCCUGUUUGUAGUUUAGAUCACUGCAUUGAUGAUCUUAGAGUUUUUAGUUCCUUUCUUCCAUGUCUGAGUUGACCUGUGAAAAGAUCUUCCAUGCCUCUUGUGAAAUAUCCACCCUUCUGAGAACUCCCGCCUUUUCAAACACAACAGAAGACUGUUGACUUUUGGGGGAGGGGAGUUUAAAAGUUGUAAAAUGUUAUGGAUUGUCCUCCUGGAAAUAACUGGUUUUGAAAAGUAUCUGAUAAAGCUGAAUACAAAUUAGCUUGAUGGGAGGGGGAUCAUUUCCUACCCAAAGUCAUAGAGAUAUUCUUUCCUGCAUUGUAAACCUUUUAUAGUCUUGCUUUUCACAUUUGUCUUUAGUCUGCUCUGAACUGAUUUUUGUGAAAAGUAGGAGAUAGAAGUUCAAUAUAGUAUUUUUUCCAUAUGGAUAAGUGGUUGUUGUCCCAGCACCAUUCUCUGAAUAGUUUAUUCUUUUCCCACUGAUCUAUAACACCAGCUCUUUCAUAAGUAAAGUCUCUGUGUGGGUGGGUCUGUUGAUUAUUUCUUUUCAGUCAAUUUGUCUAACCUUGUGGCUGUACCAUACAAUCCUGAGUACUACAACUUUAGAAACAGGUCUUCAUAUCUCAGGACAAAUCCCACCUCCAAAAAAAUCACCACCAAAUUUUUCUUCCUUGGGAGUAUCUUGGCUCUUCUUAGCCAUUUGCUCUUCUGUACAACUUUUAGAAUUAGAUUGACAAGUUCUAAAACAAAACAAAAAUGUUGGAAUUUUUAUUGGAUUUGUACGGAAUUUAUAGACUAAAUAAUACAAUGUUGAGUCUUCCAAUCCAUGAACAUGAUACAGUUCUUCAUUUACUUAGCCUUUUUAAAUGUCUUUCAAUAAAGUUUUAUAAUUUUCUCCAUAA